UAGGGUUUUCGGCAACCAUGGCUUUGGUGGAGCGGCUCCGGGAGGCCGGCGAUCGGUGCUGUCAGUGCGAAGGCGAUGCGAUCGGGGAUUUCAAGCGUGUUCUUGAGUCCGCGGUUUUGGAUGGUGCGCAGGAGUCCACUGGUGAGUGGGAAGGCGUGUGUCAGCGGCUGUUGCUUGAUGUCAAGGCGAUGCUCGAUCCUAGCACGGAGAAGGGUCGAAUGCUUCUCGAGGCUGUGGGAUGGGAUUUGCCUGGUGCGAUCGUGAAUUAUGCUAGAGUUUCAGAGGCUUGUCGAGAGGUUUCUCUGGAUCUCAUUGUGCUCUUGGCGGAGUCGUGCUCUCCCCGAGAAAUUCUCGCUACUCUCCUGGAGGCUCUUCAUAUCUCCAUCAAGCUUGAGGCUUUAGACCUUUGCCUUCUCCUGUUGGAGGGAUUAUCGUCUGUUCUUCCACGGAUUCAGAGGCGCCGAGCAGAGUUUGCCAAGGAAACUGUCGAUGUUCUUUUACCUGUUGCUGUUGUCUCUCAGUAUCUUGACGACGAUGAAGUUCUGCGGCUCCAGAUUCUUCACAAGCUUCUGCAGCUAUGCCAAGUUUUGCAAGAAAUGUUUGCUGUCGAAAAGGCAGACAAUCAGAAGGAAAUGCUUCGCGGAAUUCUUUCUUACUUCGCGCUUGUUCUUAUGACGGCCGUAGUGUCAGCUGACACUUCAGACACUUCAAACUCAGUCUCGCAGCUUCUUGAAAUCUUGAAGUCCUGCGGCCUUACGGUGUCUAAGUUGCUGGAUAGAAGCGUGAUUUCAUCAUACACGGCUGUGCAACACAAGGAAGACGCUCAUCUUUUAUACGAUUCAGAAGCAGAUUGUGGGGCGGCACUGGCAGCGUCACUUUUAUUAAAGGACAAAACUGAGCCGCUCUGUACCCCACUGGAAGCUUUGGAUGUAUCAACAUGGCUGUUCGGUUUUGUGCUCGAGAGAAAUGGUUCAUGGAAACUUGCAGAGAAAGGCCUGAAACUUAUACAGUCGGUACUGGCUGUCAAGGGGGACGCAUGCUUCACGGAGGACGAUCAUGUGACAACAGCCACGAAGAUAUGCUCUCUUUUGAAGAUUCUUCACGACGUGGUGAUUCGUUCUCCUUACCCAUCGUUGAGAAACUCAGCCUAUGACGUUUUGCUGAAGGUUUUGAGGAGGACAAGUGCUGAUGCUAGGUUCCUGUGCUUGGUUUCUCUUGUCGGCGAUGGAUGUCAUUCCGCAGUGGUUUCGCUGCUGCUGACUUUUGCGAAGGAUGAGGUAGACAGUGCGUGGCGAUCUGAAGGUCGUGAGCUCAAUCCAUUCGUAAGCGAGAGAGUUCUAGAACUCGUGGAAAUAGUUCUCCGUCCCAAGGAGGGUGCCCCGCCAAACUUGCCGCAGAACUUGGAUGCGGUUGUUGGUGCCCUGAACUUGUACCGCUUCCUAUUGCUGAGAGAGAAAUCAGGAGGAACAAACUAUACGGGGAUACUCUCGAGAGCGGAGCUCGUAAAGGCUAAGUCUCAGUGGCUGGAGCCAUUGCGUGCAGCCAUCUCUGCAAUCCCUCCGGAUGAUCCAGAGAUCGCCCUUCACGUCGACGCAUUACAGAUGACAAGAUCCCGGUGCUUGGAACUGGUGGAAGCAGAACUGGGCCAGCCAUAAAAAGCUCUCUUUUUCGCUACCGCUACAACGAAGCAAAGAACAUCACACACACGCGAUAACUUGAGGCGUACUCUUGGCAACGUGCAACGUGCUUGCUCAUCUGCGAGGGGCUCUCCAGCUUAUUAACGCGCUCCAGUCCACUCCAGUGAGCCAGUCCCAUUAUUAACAUAUACGUCUAUGAGGUACUCCGCUCUAAACUAUCAGGCUCCCUUUUAGAACAAUCACCCCUCUCAGCUGCCUAAUGCCGGCUAGAGGCUGCAGCCGUCCAGACCAGCAUCUUUCCAGACGAAAUUUUACUCGUUUUUUACUCGUUUUCUAACUCUUUUUCGAGCGGGCGAGCGAGCGAUCGCGAGUCUUUCGCUCGCUCUCGCCUCGUCUCAUCUCAUCUCACUUAUUCUUAUUGCUUUGCUCAGGCUUUGACGACUCAAGGGUGAUUUACGUGAAGAUUUCACGUACAGGAUUUCAGGCUAGAAACUCUAGGAGGUUCGACUUUCUAUGAGCUUUCACGGGACCAUGCCAGGGGGGUGAAGUAAACUGAUAUGUACUUUUACUUUGGCACAUUCUCUUACGGCGUGGGUGUCACUGUUGUUGUGCUCUCCUGUGGAUCAUUAAGGCAUUAUUAUUAGGGUUCUAUUCUA